AGGUCCCGUAUGUUCGUCUAAAUUUGUACACCAGCUGAUGCGAGAUAUCGCGUCACCACGCCAUGUGGAUCGUCUUCUCUCUAACUUUUCUCGCAGCCAGCCUUACUGCUAAUCUUCUGGAGUUGCUUGCGUUUGUGAUUAUCCGACCGUUUUCUGUCUCCCUCUUUCGCAGAGUGAACGCCUGUCUUUGCUAUCUGCAUUGGAGUCUAAUCCCGUGGGCUCUUGAUAACUGGUGUAAUGUGGAGCUCAGGAUGUUUGGCAUUGCGGAAGAUAUUGAGGACAUCAGAAAGACGAACAUGAUCACAGUAAUGAAUCACCGAGGAGACGUUGACUGGAUGGUAGGAUAUAGUGUCGGUGACCGCAUCAAAAUAUUGCAGGCAAUAAAAUCUGUGAUGAAAAGCUUUGUCAAAUAUCUGCCUACACUUGGUUGGAGCUUCUGGUUCUCCGAUUAUGUGUUUGUGAAAAGAAGCUUUGAACAUGACAAGCACAGUUUACAAGCAGCCACUAAACAAUGGAUAUCAUAUGACUUUCCCUGGACGGUUAUUUUAUUUGCCGAAGGUACACGGUUCACCGAGGAGAAGCAUCAGAAAAGCUUAGAAUACGCAAGCAAAAUGGGAUUGCCUGAAUUGAAAUAUCACCUAAUGCCUCGAACAAAGGGAUUCAACUUGAUUAUGAAAGAAAUCAAAAAUCAUGUUACUGCUGUGUGUGAUUUGACGGUGGCAUACCCACGUGGCGUUCCUUCGAUAUCAAACUUCAUUCGAGGAGACAAAAUGUAUGCUGAUGUUAACUUGAGGAUAAUUCCAAUCAGCGAGGUACCUGUGGAGUCUGAAGAGGAAUUAAGUUCAUGGCUGAUUAAUCUAUACAAGGAAAAGGAUGAUCUUGUUGACUAUCAUCACAAUCAUGGACGGUUCCCAGCUAGUAUUGUUGACUUUCCCCCUCGAUUUAUGUCAACUGUUGUCAUGACUGUAUGGAUUGUACUGCUGGUGGUUCCUUUUGCAUUUUAUGUGUAUACUGUUGUGAUUGCUGGAGCAUACUGGACAUUGGCAAUACUAGUUAUAAUCAUACUUGCAGCUCAGCUUGGUUUCCGUCUCUUGCUGACGGUGAGCGAGGUGCCUAGAGUUGCAGAAGUGAGAAAAAAAGAACAUUGACUAUUAUAGUGAUGCAUGAUGCAGAGACAGUUUUCAGACAUGGACAGCAAGUGAUUGAUUAACAAAUCAGAAGGUUUGUUUAAUUGUUCCAUGA